AGCCGGCGAAGCCCCGAGAACUGGCAGCAGCCCUCACACUGAGGGGCGGCUCGGGCUCGAGGACUUUUCCAGCAGGUGGAGAGAAGGGGCAGGGGUCCUGGGCGCUCACUCGCUCAGCCGCAGACUACCCACAUCUUCCUAAUUACUUGUGAGUGUGUCCAUCUCAGCCUUGGUUAGGCCCGAGGCUGGGGGGCUGUUCCCCAUCUUGGGCACUCCGACCUUGGAGUCUGAAGAACCAAGGAUGAGACUCGGAAGGAGGGAAAGGCACUUCCGCGGUUAGAUUCGUUCUUGCCCGUGCGCCUUACCCGCCUCUCCCCUCGGUGGUUUGGUUUGAUUUGGCUUAUUAAUAGGGGCCUCGUUCUACAGAAAGUUAACUGUGAGCGCUUAGUCUCUUAUCGGCACAAAGCAUGGUCGGUAACGCUUCCUAAAUUUGGGUUGCCAUUUAAGCAGAGCUCUCGCUGAAUCAUGGGGCUUUAGGGCCGAUUAAUCAAGUCGGUUGCUUGGGGGGUAGCCUUUUAUUAUUUUAGAUAAACUUAAUAUUUGUGUAUCCCGUUCUAAAUCGCGCUUUAGAGAUAGCCAGCACAGUGCCUUGCGAUUGUAGACGCUCCUUGAAGCUUUGUAUGAAUGAUGUUGCUAGAAUGAACUUUCAGGAGCAUCCCCAGCACCUAUGUAGUAAGCUCUCCGUUUUGCCGAGUGAAGAAUGAGUGGAUGGCGGUACUCUCUAUCAGUGGUAUUGAGAGACAUUUUGAAUAGAUCGUUGCUGUUCUUUGGAUGCUUGUCUGUUAAGUAAACUUGACUAUAAAAAUAAUGAUUAGGAUUGUUCAGUUUUCUUUUUUCGAAGUGGCUACCAGAGGUGUCUAUUUUUAAGAAUUUUUUCCUUUUGUUUCAUUUUGAUUAGAUGGCCGUACCUUAUUCAGAUAUAUUAAUUGGUAUUUGUGUAAAGCAUGUUCACUGUUCCAUUUCAAAAACAUAAUUUGCACCAAUGAGCAAUCAAGAAACAUUCCAAUGGUUAAUGAAACCUUACAUUUUAAGUGGCAUUUUUAAAACUGAGUAUCAUAAAGAAAAAAAUUGGUCAUAGUUUUGACCUACUAAAUGAACUCGUUCAUUUCAGGAGAUAAUGGAAGCAAUGAGUUUAUAGAAGGAAGAAAAACGUUUUCUGUUUGUUUUCUCUAACAUUUGGUAAGGACAAACAAAAUCAAGAGGGAUUAAGUUACAGGUAAUUGAGAUUAUUUAAAAAAAAGUCUAAUUGAGGGGCCUCCCUGGUGGUGUUAUAGAGCAAUCCGGAUAUUAAACGGGUUCCUGGCUGUGGGUCCUCACCCGCGCGCUUUAAAGGGACUUAUGGAUACUCUACUACAGACACACACACAAAAGGGUUAAUAAAAGGUUUAUUUACAAGAGAAAAAGAAAUAAGGAAAAUGUACAACUCAGGGAGAAAAUAAGGAAAUAAAGUCUUUAAUGUGUCCUACCCGAUCCGACGACCUGGAAAUCCAAAGUCACUCUCAGAGCUGGGGGGACGCUGCGAGCUGGCGGAGAGCCAAAAAUGGGGGAUCCCCAAAGCCCACGUGUCUGCCUUUUGUAUCCAUCUGGCUGCUUAACCCCACCCUCAGGUCCCACCCACCUUCCCUUUGGUGGUGAUGGGAUUUGGAGUUCCCAGUGUCUUUGGCUUUGACCUGGGGUGGGGGUGGAGUCCACAAAGCCUAUAUGGAAUUUGCUUUGGGACAUCCUUUUCCCCCUAACAGUGGCACAAGGGGUUAAGAGAAAACAUGAAGCUAUCCACAGCUACUGCAGCACGUGUUCGAUCCCCAGCCAGGGGGCUGCCCACAUGGCGCAGCAGACCUCUCCUGUCUCACCCACUGCUCCCCUCAGCAGUGUGUUUCAGUCAGUCUGCCUGUUCUGUUCCCUGCUCUGUCUCUGGUGAAUCCUCCCUCUCACCUCCCCACACCUCUGGCCUGUACCCCAGUUCUUGUAUGCAUAAAUAGAUAAAUCUUUUUUAAAAAAAAAGUCUAAUUGGGUUUACUCUAAUUCAUGUUUUUAAGGCUCAGAUAAGUUAUAGAUCAGAUAUGAUUAUAAACUUAUUGUAGCUUUUGAGGGAUCCUAAAAGUGCAAUUAAAGUGAAGACUGGAAUGUGUAUUUUGCUAAAACCGAUAGCACUUCAUUUUUAAAAAAUCACGUGACGAGUCAUGUUGUACAUUUUAAGUUACCAGACUGGUGAGGGAUGAGGAAUUACUGGACAUGAGGCCAUUCAGGUUUCCUAUCUCUCUUCCUCUCCUAGUAGACAUGAGAUAAAUGGAUUCUGGAGAACGUCCAAUUAGGUGAUUUAUAUUCAUUCAAAUUACCAAAUUAAAAAUGUUUGUUGAUGAGUUGAUGUCAGUCUGAAGAGAGGUCUUUGGAGGUAAGCCACAGGGCUCUAGUCUCGCCCUGACAACUCUGUUAAGCAGUUUUUUACUGCCAAUUUUAAAUAUACAGGAGACAUGUUUCUCAAAUUAAUGAGUGCUCUCAAAACCUUUAGUGGACACUCAGGAUUCUAAAAGGUGGAAGUAGUAGGCUGAAACUAACAAGGUGUAGAUUCGCCAAGAGUAAUUACGUUAACAAAAAUUUACCAAUGUGUGUUUGAGAUGAAAGAUCUGACCUUACAAAAGUGGUUUUAGGAUAUCAUUUUCUCCUUAUAAAACUGAAAUGAUGACCAGAAUGAGGGAAGGCAGUAUCUUAGUCCAAUGACAAACUGGCUCUGCCAUUGACAGCUCUCUGAAUUUAGCAAUUUGCUUCAUGUCUCUUGCUCCAUGUUCUCAGUGAUGAAUUGUGAGGCCACAAAACAUAGCUUGCAGGCCUGCUGCAGCUCAGUGGGCACACAAUGGAGAUGUUACUGAACAGGCAGCAUUCAGAACAGUAUCACCUACUGUGCUGAAUAACUUCCUCCUCCCAUGCGCUACGCAGGUCAUAGAGAAUAUUGUUUUCCAUUUUGACUGCUAGUAUUUAAGGGAGUCUUGAAACACUAAAAACCACAUUGAGAAAUUGUGGAUGUUUCUUUACCCUGGAGAAGAAAGGAAUAUAAAAGUUACCUUCACAGAUCGGAACGGCAAUUAUAGAUAAGGGAAAGGUAUCUAUUUUUAAGGCUUAGGGGAGCUAGAUGGGAACUAGAGAGAUGGGUUGAAAGUAGAUUUUAUUCAUUCAUUAUUCUGUGCCAUCUGUGUACCAAAUCCAGGGUAUGGACAGAACACCUGUUAAUGAACAGAACAGAUAUUAUCUAUCUGUGACAUUAUCUAUUCUGUAACGUUAAAACAAGAAGUAACAUGAAGAUUGACACCUAGCAACACCACAGGCUGCUUUGCAACAUUAGGGUCUCUCCAAUGAAAGUGGAGGGAAAUUCACUUCUGAUGGAAAACACAGCUUCACAGUAACGAGAAGGAAUGACGACUGCUUCAGACACCAGAGAGUGGAAGAAGAGUACAGUGACUGCUUGUUUACCUAUGGCCUAGACUGGACACGCGCUGACAUUUUGCCGCCUUUCCGGUGUGAGUGUGGGCUCUAGCCAAGCCAGUUGAAAGAUUCUAGCAUUUUCAGAGACUCUUUUGGAAAGAACAAGUCUACUUCAAUAAAUGAAGGAAAAUAAAGAAAAUUCAAGCCCUUCAGUCACUUCAGCAAACCUGGACCACACAAAACCAUGUUGGUACUGGGAUAAGAAAGACCUGGCUCAUACACCCUCGCAGCUGGAAGGACUCGAUCCAGCCACUGAGGCCCGGUACCGCCGAGAGGGGGCUCGCUUCAUCUUCGAUGUGGGCACACGUUUGGGACUACACUAUGAUACCCUGGCAACUGGAAUAAUUUAUUUUCAUCGCUUCUAUAUGUUUCAUUCCUUCAAGCAGUUCCCAAGAUAUGUGACAGGAGCCUGUUGUCUCUUUCUGGCUGGGAAAGUGGAAGAAACUCCAAAAAAAUGUAAAGAUAUCAUCAAAACAGCUCGUAGUUUAUUAAAUGAUGUGCAGUUUGGCCAGUUUGGAGAUGACCCAAAGGAAGAAGUCAUGGUCCUGGAGAGAAUCUUACUACAGACUAUAAAGUUUGAUUUACAGGUAGAACAUCCAUAUCAGUUCCUACUCAAGUAUGCAAAACAGCUCAAAGGUGAUAAAAACAAAAUUCAGAAGUUGGUUCAAAUGGCAUGGACAUUUGUCAAUGACAGCCUCUGCACAACCUUGUCACUACAGUGGGAGCCAGAGAUCAUAGCCGUGGCAGUGAUGUAUCUUGCAGGACGUUUGUGCAAAUUUGAAAUACAAGAGUGGACCUCCAAACCCAUGUACAGGAGGUGGUGGGAGCAGUUCGUGCAAGAUGUCCCUGUGGACGUUCUGGAAGACAUCUGCCACCAAAUCCUGGAUCUUUACUCACAAGGAAAACAACAGAUGCCUCAUCACACCCCCCAUCAGCUGCAGCAGCCCCCAUCUCUCCAGCCUACACCACAAGUGCCACAAGUGCCACCGCCACAGCCGGCUCCAGGAGCUGACCCACCCCAGCCCCCGCAGAAGGAUGCGCAGCCGCCGGCCCCACCACAGCCACCCCCGCCGGCCCAGCCACCCAAGAAGCCAUCCCCGCAGCCUAGUCCCCCCCGACAGGCCAAGCGCCCUGUGGUUGUUUCACCCAAAGAAGAGAAUAAAGCCGCAGAACCGCCACCACCUAAAGUCCCCAAACUUGAGCCCACUCACCCUCCGCUGCCUCCGGCCCACCCGCCGCCAGACCGGAAGCCCCCCCUCACGGCUGCCUUAGGUGAGGCUGAACCCCCAGGCCCUGUGGAUGGCAGUGAGCUUCCCAAAGUCCAGAUUCCUCCUCCGGCCCACCCGGCCCCUGUGCACCAGCCGCCGCCGCUGCCACACCGGCCCCCGCCCCCACCGCCCUCCAGCUACAUUACCGGGAUGUCCACCACCAGCUCCUACAUGUCGGGAGAGGGCUACCAGAGCCUGCAGUCCAUGAUGAAGACCGAGGGGCCCUCCUACGGCGCCCUGCCCCCCGCCUAUGGGCCACCGGCUCACCUACCCUACCACCCACAUGUUUAUCCCCCCAACCCGCCCCCGCCGCCAGUGCCCCCUCCCCCAGCCUCCUUCCCCCCACCCGCCAUUCCCCCCCCUACUCCCGGCUAUCCCCCACCUCCACCCACCUACAACCCCAACUUCCCACCCCCACCCCCGCGCCUGCCCCCCACCCAUGCGGUCCCACCUCACCCUCCUCCAGGCCUGGGCCUGCCACCUGCUAGCUAUCCACCUCCAGCGGUGCCCCCUGGAGGGCAGCCCCCUGUGCCCCCACCCAUCCCCCCACCCGGCAUGCCUCCCGUGGGGGGCUGGGGCGGGCAGCCUGGAUGAGAUAACGUGAAGGCCUUUUUGUCCUUUUGUUUUUUACCAAGUUUUCUAACCAACUUGAAGAGUAGUUUCAGUGGGUGAGCAGCAGGGUACCUUGUAUAAUGCUAGACACUUGCAGUAUGGGAAGAAGUGACUGGCCCCACGGGAUGAAAUUGGGGGACCCUCCACAGCUGGGGAGUGGGGACAGCGGCUUUCAGGGAGCCUGGGCAAUGCCCAUUGGGAUCGACCGUGUGCUUGGUUUCAGCGGUGUCGUCGAGAGUGCACUGGGUUCCUUUAUACUAGGGAGGUGUUAACCAGCCAUAUUGGCUCAGUAAAUAGCUUCAGUAAGGAGUGACUUUCCUUCUAGAAAUCAGUGCCUAUUUUUCCUGGAAACUCAAUUUUAAAUCGUCCAGUUCCAUCUGAGGUCAGGCUGUUGCCAUCGCUUUCAUUCCGAGAUGUUCUUUCCCAUGACGCCCGCUACAUCAGGUGAACCACAUUUUUGAUUUAGAGAUAUUUGCAGUCUUUGUAUUAAAGUUAUUUUGAAGGGGUGGCCUUGUUGGGUGGCUUUUUUCUUUCUCCUCCAGGCGAAGGGGAGAAAGGACUUGGAAAGUAAUGUAUGUUUACAUCGAUUUGCAAAGUCCUGUACAUAGAGAUAUAUUUUUUAAGUGUGAAUGUAACAACAUACUGUGAAUUCCAUCUUGGUUACAAACGAGACUCCUUCAGUUAUCCAAAUAAACGUUCUGAAACGACCCUUUGGCUUGUUGUGGGCAGAGGCGGGCUCUCGACUCCCGAAGCCGGGGCCCCCGACCUCCCCCACAUCUAGGCCAGCCCCCCGUCCCGCGCC